AUGCACUCCAUGUUGGCCAAGAACAUACUCAGUGCUGAGACACUUGAAAAACUCGCUAAAAUAGCUCCUACCCAAGAAGAAGCCAAAAUCAUGCAAUUCAGUGAUAAUCCGGAUAAACUUGUUGAUGCUGAGUCAUUCCUCUAUCACAUCCUGAGAGCAGUUCCAACAGCAUUCAUUCAUUUAAAAGCAUUGCUUAUAAGAUCGAGUUACGGUUGCGAAGUUAUUCAGCUUAAAGAACACCUAAAAACUCUUGAGAGCAGUUCCAACAGCAUCCUGAGAGCAGUUCCAACAGCAUUCAUUCAUUUAAAAGCAUUGCUUAUAAGAUCGAGUUACGGUUGCGAAGUUAUUCAGCUUAAAGAACACCUCAAAACUCUUGAAAUGGGUUGUAAUGAGAUGAAGACUAGUAGUCUGCUUUUGAAAUUCCUUAAGGCCAUUCUCAAAGCUGGAAACCCAAUGAAUGUUGGAACUUCAAGAGGCAAUGCUCAUGCUCAGUUUGAAGCAAGACAACAAGCUAGUAAUCAAAAGCACAACCUUAACAGUAGCACUGGUGAAACAAGCAACACCAAUGAACCACAUUCAGAUAACCGGGUACAAAAAGAGGAAGUUAAAGAGUAUCUAGUGUUAGGAGGUCUAAGGGACGAGUUAUGUGAAGUAAAGAAAGCAGCAAGCAUUGAGCAUCAGAAUUUCUCUAGUAUGUACUCUAUUCCCAAUGCUUAUGUUACUAAAAUUCGACAGAUUAUAACAUGCUUUGGCAACAGUGAGAGGGGUGGAUUUAUUAAGGUAAUGAAAGGGUUUCCAGAGGAAUGUGAAGUGGAGCCUAAGGUGGUGAGAGAGGAACAAGAAAUGGUCAUGGAACUGCUGAAGAAAACCAAUGAGUAUUAUCUAACAGGAGGUUCCAAAGAUAACAUAUCGAACCCCUUUCAACUGUUUAUUACAGUAAAAGAAUUUCUUGACAUGGUAGAUGAGGUUUGCAAAGAACUUAGAAGGCAGCUAGAAAAAACUAAUGCAGGAGGAGAAGCUGUAUCAACACCACCACUUUCACCAUCAAAGAGGGCACCACUCAGAUUAACAAACUUCAAUUACAUUUUCGGCCAAGCACGUCAGGAGUAA